ACGGCAGGCGGCAUGAGGCUUGAGUCAGUACAUUUCUCCAUGCUGGUCAUCGGGGUCUCCUUCGCCUGCUACUCCCCGAGUUUAAAUUCUUUGCAGGACCAGGCUUACAAAUCAGCGGUGGUUAUUGAGGGGAAGGUGCAGUCAGUGCCCGCGAACGUCUCGGCAGAGCCGUACAGUGUGAAUGUCAAAGUCCUGGACGUGUGGCCGCGCAACAGUGGGGGGCUCGCGCGGGAGCAGCUCGUCACCGUCGGGGAGUUCGGCUUGGAGGCUCCAUGCACCAAAGUGAAAAAGAACCACAAAUACCUAUUUUUCAUGGACCCAACCGACGAACCCUUGGUUUUCAAGGCGUCGUUCGCUCCCCUAGACACCAGUGGGAAGAAUCUAAAGAAAGAUGUUGGGAGAAUCUUAUGCGAAGACUGCGCCUCUGCCCCGAAGCUGAAGCGAGUGAAGAACCAGCUGGUGGACGAGGGGAGCAGGCUGACGGUGAAGUGCGAGGCCUCGGGGAACCCUCCCCCUUCCUACAGGUGGUACAAAGAUGGCAGCGAGCUCAAGAAGAGCAAGCAGAUGAAGAUAAAGUCUGGCACGAAAAACUCCAGGGUACAGAUCAAUAGAGCUCGAGUGGAGGACUCUGGGAAUUACACAUGCAUAGCAGAGAACUCGCUGGGCAAGGAUAACUCCACAGGCACCAUUAACGUCCAAAGCUUAACCACGACACUGUCUCCCGGUUCUGGGCACGCCAGAAGAUGCAACGAGACGGAGAAGGACUACUGUGUGAACGGCGGUGACUGUUACUUCAUACACGGCAUAAAUCAGCUGUCCUGCAAGUGUCCCAUUGACUUUACUGGUGAUCGCUGUCAAACCUACGUUAUGGCUAUCAAAUCCUACCCCUACCCGCACCUUGGGAUUGGAUUCAUGGAGGCAGAGGAGCUGUAUCAGAAGAGGGUCCUGACGGUGACGGGCAUCUGCGUGGCCCUGCUGGUGGUGGGCAUCGUGUGCGUGGUGGCCUACUGCAAAACCAAGAAGCAGAGGAAAAAAAUGCACAGUCACCUGCGACAGAACAUGUGUGCUGACCAUCCCACUCGAACCCUGGCGAACGGACCCAACCAUCCUGGACCAGGCCCGGAAGAGAUCCCUAUGGUAGAUUAUAUCUCGAAGAACGUCCCGGCCACGGAGCGCGUCAUUCGGCACGCGGCAGAGACCUCCUUCCCCGGCAGCCGAGCCAACUCCAGGUCCCACCACUCGUCAACGCCUGCGCACUCGUCCAAUCACAGACAGGAAGGCCGCACGUGGAGCCUGGACCGGACCGGGAGCGUGCUGUCGGAGGUGCGCUCGGGCCUGAUGACCUCGUCGUCGGUGGGCACCAGUAAAUGCAGCAGCCCCGCCUGCAUGGAGGCCUGGGCCCGCCGCGCGGCCCACUGCGGACCCCCCCGCCACGGCCAGUACGCCGACUCCUUCGACUCCCUGUGGGACUCCCCCUGCAGCGAAAGGUACGUGUCGGCGCUGACCACGCCCGCUCGCCUCUCCCCGGUGGACCUCCUGUACUCCCUGCCCCCGCAGAUGCCCACCUUCCAGAUCACCUCCCCGAACGCCAGCCACGCCCUGUCCCUGCCCCCGGCCGCCCAGUCCUCCUACCGUCUGGAGGACGACCAGCCCCUGCUCCGGCGCUACCAGGUCCCGCUCCACGACUCCCAGCGACCGGACCCCUACCGCCAGACCCGCCGCACCUGCCUGAACGACAGCACGGGCAGCCUGCCCUCCAGCCCCUACCGGCCCGCCCGCGACGAGGACUACGAGACCACGCAGGAGUACCUCUCCUCGCGAGAGCAACCAAAGAGAGCCGCGUCCGGGGGCAGCCGGCGCUGGCGGAGGUCCCGGCUCAACGGGCCGCGCGGCUACUUCCUGUCGGACAGCGAGUCGGAGGAAGAGGAGCAGGGCGAGAGCACGCCCUUCCUCAGCAUGCAGAACAUGAGCGCGGAGCCGGCGGCCGCGUACCGGGCGGCGGACAGCCGGACUUCACACGCGUCGGGGCGACAGUGCGCGCGCGCGAACGCACAGAACCGGGCCGCACACACCCGGUCCAGACAGGACGGCGCGCCGCGCUAAAACACACACACACACACUGACUCAAACAUAUACUAAAGACCUGCACCUAUAAGAAAUAUUUUUAUUUUAUAUAACAAGACAGAUAUUCUAAACAAAUGAAAUAUUUAUUUUCCUUUUAGCAAAAGUUGUCUACUAGCUAACAGCAAAGACUUUUUUUAUAGGUGAACUAUUUAUAUGUGCAUUUUGAUUUACAGCAUAAAAAAAAAGAAAAAAAGACGUGCCAAUUUUUUCACAACUUAAAAAAAAAAAAAUAGAAUAAUAUUGUGGUGCCUUUUGCUGUAUGCCGAUGCCAGAGACCCUGCUGAGUGUUUUCUAGCCUUUCUUAUACGGACUCCUCAUUUUUAUACACCUUUUACUUCUCCUUUUCUUCCUCUUUUUCUUUUUUCAGCGUGGUUCUGUGGGAUUCCCCCUCUCCCCCCUUCACCCAUAUUGACCUUUGACCUUCUGCGCCCCUCAUGCAAUACUUCCGCAUAAGCUCUAUGUUUACAUGGAUAUGCGUAACGUUUUUUUAUUUAUCAAAACAGGAAAUUAACGAAUGCAACGGUGGCCUGUUCUCCCACUGCUGUGUGUGUGGAGUGUGAGUUAGACCGACUGCUUUCGUUCGAUCACCUGCUGUAGAGAGCAUGGCAUUUGAGGCGGACAUUUUGAGGGCUGUGUAAAAUGGCGGUUUGAGGGUUUGUGUGUAAAAUGGUGGUGUGUGUUCUAGUGUCGCCAGGCAGAAAGUGUUCUGCUGCUCCAGCUGUGGUCUGAGGUCGAAAAUCCAGGCUCAGAAAGUAAAAUUCUUCCCCGGUAUUUUGUUCCAAUCACCUGAUUUUCAUAAUUAGUCCAAUUCUUCAGCCAGGAGGUAGAACUAAUUACUGAAAUCAGCUGGCUGAGCACAUGGGUGGAAGAAACACGUGGCAGGACUUUUACUUUCUGACCGCUGGACUUGUUGUGGGAUCUGGUGUGUGUUGGUAGUGAGUGUCUUCUCCUUAAAUUCGGCCCCUAAUCUGGGGUCAGCCGUGGUCUGUGGCAUUCAGUGUGCUUCAUCUGAACAAACACCAAACCCUCAAACCAUAACCCCAUACCCCUCAUCCACAUCCCACACCACGUUUACUGCAUUCCACACCUAAAAUCCUCAACCCUGCACCCCUCAUCCCACACCCAGGAUCCACUCACACCAUAACCACUCAGAUAUAACCAACUCCCUCACUGUCUCAGGACGUCCACACACACACACCCUCACACUGAACCAACGCUGCUUCAACUCUGCACACCCAUUGAUCUGUCACACCACCUCAGCUCCUUAUGGAUCACCAUAUCACAUCGAUUCCUGCAUCAUAUCGCCUAUCACCUAUUUCUCUGGGCUCUUCUCUCUCGCUUAUUUUUCAGCUUCUCUCUCCUUUCCUUGCUCCUUUUCCUGCUCCUCGCUCCGCCCAUAGGGAGAGGCAAGGAAAGGAAGUGAAGAUGGGGAAAUGGAGAAAAUGUUAAUUUGGUGAAUGGAACCUCCUCGCUCCUUCAAACGUCAGUUCAAAGCUGUCAAAGUCAGUUACAGACGUGGCAGAUACAUGACAGAUGCAUCCACGGGUCGAUUGUUUAUACAUCACGCUUCCCGGAAAUAACACUUCUAUAAAAGACGCGCUCAUGUUUCCGUGCUCAAAGAAAAGCUGGGUGCCUCCUAACCUCUACUUCUAGAAAUAAUAUUUUAACGGGUUGGAAUGUCCUUAAAGAUGGCGAACCUCGAUCGACUUCCGGGUCGGGCUGAGGAAAAGGAGAUAGGAGGUUAAAAUUAGCGAUUGGAAAUAACCCACUGUCACAUCACAUCCAUUCCUCUGCCACACUGCAACAAAUAAGUAAAUCUCAAGUCUUAUAAAUUGAUAUAUAUAUUACUUUUUUGCUAAAUAAGACAAAAAUAUUGCCAAUAUAGGCAAGACAGUUUGACUCAUUCCAUGAUUUGCCAAUGGGGUAAAAGGCAAAAGUAACUUUUCUAAAGACUAAAACUCUCAAGACGCUCAUUUUUGGCAGUGGAUUUCACAUCGACCCCUCCAUCAUAUUUCAUCUCUUCCUGUGAUUAUGGAAUCACAUCCAUCUCUCUGUCACAUCUUUUCUUUGUCACUACACGUCCGUUUCCCUCCCUCUUUCGGCCCAUGGCCGUCGUGCACAUCUCUUCCUGCCGCAGAACAGGUCCACGCCUCUUCCAUCGACACGCAGAAUACCUGUGAAACUCCAGAGAGAUCAUAAAAUGGCAAAAUAUGCAAAAUUUGUAUUUAGAUCUGUUAGGUCUGUUAGGCGACAUUGUUUUAUAUGAGGUGUGUUGAUGAUAGUCCAUUAAGUGGAGACUCUUAGGAAAUGUCUUCAGCGUGCUUGAGUUUGUGUGCAAACAUCAGUUAACAAGAUGACCUAAAUCUUCCGUCACUGCAGAAUAUAUCCGCUAUUAUUAUUAUUAUUAUUAUUAUUAUUAUUAUUAUUAUUAUUAUUAUCAUUGACACCAUCACAGGAAACAGCGUCUUGGUAAAUACUUGGUACAGUACAUUUAUAUUUACUGUAAUUAUGCCUUUUCUGCAAACGUACUUUACUUUCCUCUUGAUUUUAUCGAUACCAAAAGCAUUUUCUGACCUCUUCCCAUAGGCCGACCGAUGAUCUUCACUGAUUGGCUAUCCUGUGUUUCACAGGCACAGAUCAGCUGACAACAGACACAUAACCAUACAGCCAUAUUUCUAUAUCUAUUGCUUAUUUUGAGUGCAGAUCACCCCUUUGCUUCUUUCUUUCACAUUUUGGGAGUUUUUUUUACCCUCAAUAUUGAUCAAUGAUGUCAUCUCAAGAUCCUUUUCUCUGUAGUUUGCAGUGAGGAGAGGAUCAGAGCGCACAUGUCCCUCACAAAGUUAGAGAAAUGAAAACGAUAGUUUCAGCUUGAUUAAAAAAAAAACACAGGAGUAACAGUCUUUAUAUUUCACGCAACACAAGUAAAGAAACAACACUGAUUAUGGACCGCAUACCGUAACAGUUUGAGUCAAUUCAGUCAAUGGUUUCUCCACAGUAAAAGCAGACCUGUCUAAUGAAUGAGUACCUGUUGAGUCAUUGAAGACACCGUGGAAAAAGUAUAUAUAAUGUUUGACUCAUUCCAAGAUUUGCCAAUGGGGUAAGAAAAUGUCACUCGUCAAGGCAACAGUAACUUGUGUUACUGUGUGUUAAGUGGGAGAUUAUGUUCUUUCACUUAAUAAAUAGAUUUAUUUUGUAUUAUUUCUCCUUUUUCUUCUGGGUCUUAUUCUGUAUAUUUGGAUUAUGCAAAUGAAGACACUGCUUAUUAACGAGUUUGUGAAUCUAGCCCACACUCCCCUGACCCCCGACCCCUUAGAAUCCUUUCGAGUUCUGCCAGACCACUUCGCUCGACUGUUUUCAUUUCUCCUGCUUGAAUCAGGGAGCGUCUCCCUUCUGCAUGCCCCCGUGCUCCUCCAGGUAGAUGGGUGCAUGGUCAGAGCUGUGACUGAAAGGUUUUCCAGUGAAAGUCUAUUUCAUUUUUACAUUCAGCAAUAAAUCCAUUUUUUCCAUAUCCAUACUUGGAAUAUGAAAGGUUUUUUUUUGUUUUUUGUUUUCGCGAGAUUGUUAUAGAUGUAAAAUAAAAUGGGGAAAAAGUAAAGAAAAUCAAACCACCUGUUCAUAUGAAAAAAUAAAUCUCUAUUCAUACCAUUUUAAA